GAUUUGAAUGUCCAGAUUCCCAGUGAUAUACUGGAACUUUAGGGGACUGAGAGCUGGUUCUUGGUCCCAGGCAGAUGUGUGCAAUCUGGAGUCAGAAAACGGUGGAAGAAAAUAAUGAGCAUUGAACAUCUCCAGAGCCCAUUUAUAGGCUUCCCACUCCGAAGUGCCCCGAAUCAGAAAAGCAAUGUAAGUUUCACUUUUGUGGAUAGGAGGAGGUUGCGAACAAAUGCUUUUCCCAAGUUCUAUUGUGCAAAGCAGAAUUAUGGUGGGUACCGAGGGAUUUCGUUUUCAGAUUUUAGUGGGAGACAAACUGGGUUUUUGUCAAGCAACUUUGGAUCAAAAAGGAAUUUGAAGAUGAACUUCACCUGUGAGCUUUUCUCCCGAAGUAAGGUUAUGGUUAGAUCUUUGGAUCCUUUGUGGAAGGAGGGAUUGCUUUUAAUUAGGUGCUCGGUUUUCUUUGCUGUAAUAUCUGCGUUAGGGAUAUUGGUUUGGUAUGGGCAAGUGAAAGCCCGGAGUCUUAUUGAAGCCAGGUUUCUGCCAUCUGUUUGUUCAGUACUGAGUGAAUAUUUGCAGCGUGAGCUUGAUUUUGGUAAGGUUCGAAGUAUUUCACCUUUGGGCAUUACCUUAGAAUCAUGCUCAAUUGGGCCUCAUCACGAAGAGUUCUCCUGUGGUGAGGUCCCCUCUAUGAAACUUCGUGUCCGUCCUUUUGCUAGCUUGAGGAGGGGGAAGAUUGUGAUAGAUGCAGUUUUAUCUCAGCCAAGUGUGCUUAUUGUGCAAAAAAAGGAUUUCUCUUGGUUAGGUAUUCCUUCAUCUGAAGGUGCUUUGCAGAGGCAUUCCUCAACUGAAGAAGGGAUAGAUUAUCGUAUGAAAACCCGGAGGGUUGCUAGAGAGGAAGCUGCAGCUCGCUGGUCCAGAGAAAGGGAUGAAGCAGCAAGAAAAGCUGCAGAGACUGGCUACAUUGUCCCUCGGCAAUGGUCUAGUUCCUCAGAAGUUGAUGUUCCCAAGGAGGAUUCAGAACAUUCGAAUGGGAUAGCCACCUCAGAGUCCUUUUUUUGCAUGGAUGAGCGGAUGCACUGGAAGGAUCAUCAUUGCAUGGACACAGGUAUUGAGUUCGGGUUGAAGCAUGCAGAUCUAGAGAAAUCAUUUGGUGUGAAAAAUCCGAGUACCAGCCUAAAGUUCUGGUCUAGAAUGAUAUCACCUAUAAAAGACAGAUUCAAAAGAAAAGCUUGUGGUAGAGAUAUCUCUGAAGCUGGUGCUGCUGUCAAAAGGAGAAAUCUUGAGCGAAGUGCAGUAGCUGCACUUGCAUAUUUCCGAGGUCAAGCUGGUGGGAAGUCCAGUGAGCCUUUGCAAGUAGUGCGACCUUCAGUCGAGACUCUUGUUAUGGAAGGUGAGGAUACUCAUGAUGCAACCAGGGCUGCGGUUAGUAAUGCCAAAUUUAGGGGAUAUGAUGACCAAUAUGUCAAAGCUGAUUGCAAAGAGGAGAAGAUUGCCAGGCAUGAAACCUUACAAAAUGCUUCUGGAUACUCCACAGGCAACGUGAACAUGGAGUUAGUAGACAACAUGACUAAUAGCUUUGGAUAUCAAGGUAAUUCAGGACUUCAGCAUCUUAAAGCAAACAAACAGACCAGUGUAAAAAAUGAUAAUGGCUUCAGUUUUGUGCGAUUACCUUUUCUUAUGAAUGUUGGAAAACUUAGCAGAGUAAAUACACCUUGGGAAAAAUUGACACUGAAUGGGAAAAAGCAAACCGAUGAGUGCAAUGUAAACAUCGAGAAAUUAGAUGGAAUUCAUGUUCAGGAUAGUCAUUUUGACUCCAGAGUCAGUUCCAAUAGAUUACAGAACCAGACGACGGAGUCUUUUCAAGAGAAAUCCAUGGGCUGCAGCAUAGGUCAUACAUCUGAAGGUGCAAGUCUCACAAAGCUUGACCCUUCACUGGCUAUUAACCAUUCAAUUCCCAUAUGGUACUUGGGCUUGAAAUCAGGUUUACCCUCUUUCUCUAGGGCUGUUGGAGAACUGUUAUCUGAUUAUUUGGCCGGUCACGUUCAGAAACUGAAGUCAGGCAUUGGUCUAAAGGUUGAAGAUCUUGUUGCUGAACUUACUGAAGGGGUAGAUGAAGUACAGACAGAAGGUGUUGAGAAGAUGCUCCCAGUUACAUUGGAUUCUGUGUAUUUCACAGGGGGAUCAUUGAUGCUAUUAGCGUACGGUGACCAGGAGCCCAGAGAGAUGGACAAUGUAUCUGGACACGUAAAAUUUCAAAAUCACUAUGGCCGUGUGCACAUACAGCUAAGUGGGUCCUGUAAGACCUGGAGAUCAAAUACAGAACCUGAAGAUGGUGGCUGGCUGUCCGCAGAUGUGUUUGUUGACAGCAUUGAGCAGAAAUGGCAUGCUAAUUUAAAGAUUGUAAACCUCUUUGUGCCGCUUUUUGAAAGGAUUUUAGAAAUUCCUAUCAUGUGGACUCAAGGGAGAGCCAGUGGUGAGGUUCACAUAUGCAUGUCAAGAGGAGAGAUGUUUCCUAAUCUUCAUGGACAGCUUGAUGUGAAGGGUCUGACUUUCCAAAUAUUCGAUGCUCCCUCAAGUUUUGCAGAAAUGGCAGCAAGUCUAUGUUUUCGGGGUCAACGAAUAUUCUUACACAGUACAAGUGGCUGGUUUGGUGAUGCUCCUCUCGAAGCCUCUGGGGACUUCGGUAUAAAUCCUGAGGAUGGGGAGUUCCAUCUAAUGUGCCAGGUUCCACAUGUUGAAGUGAAUGCCCUUAUGAAGACUUUCAAUAUGAAGCCUUUAUUGUUCCCGGUGGCCGGAUCAGUAACUGCUGUAUUCAACUGUCAAGGCCCCUUGGAUGCCCCUGUAUUUGUGGGAAGUGGAAUGGUUUCAAGGAAGACAGUUCAUUCACUUUCUGAAUACCCUCUAUCCUCUGCAUCUGAAGCAGUUAUGAAGAAUAAGGAGGCUGGGGCAGUGGCAGCAUUUGAUCGUGUUCCAUUUUCAUAUGUAUCAGCCAAUUUCACUUUCAACAGUGAUAACUGUGUUGCUGACUUGUAUGGAAUCAGAGCAAGCCUCUUGGAUGGUGGUGAAAUUCGAGGGGCUGGAAAUGCAUGGAUCUGCCCAGAGGGUGAGGUGGAUGACACAGCAAUGGAUGUGAACUUUUCUGGAAAUUUGUCUUUUGACAAAAUUUUGUAUCGGUAUUUACCAGGUGAAAUUCAACUGAUGCCAUUCAAAAUGGGGGAACUAAAUGGUGAAACCAAACUUUCUGGAGCCCUAUUGAGACCGAGAUUUGACAUCAAGUGGGUGGCACCAAAAGCUGAAGGGUCAUUCAGUGAUGCACGUGGGGAUAUUAUUAUUUCACAUGAUUAUAUUACUGUUAAUUCUUCAUCGAUUGCUUUUGACUUGUAUGCUAGAGUUCAAACAUCUUAUCCUGAUGAGUAUUGGUUAAACAGAAAAGAAGUUAAUGAUCUAAAUGAUGCCAUGCCCUUUAUCAUAGAGGGAGUUGACUUGGACUUCCGGAUGCGUGGUUUUGAGUUCUUCAGUUUGAUGUCCUCUUACCCUUUUGAUUCUCCAAGACCUGUUUAUCUGAAAGCGACUGGAAGGGUUAAGUUUCAAGGAAAAGUUUUGAAGGCCACUGAUGUAAUUGAUGAGGAAGUCAAUGGUGUUGAAGGAAAUUUUCUAGACAGGCAAAAGACUGACAAAGAGACGACAACUAGUCUUGUUGGGGAGGUUUCACUUUCAGGCAUCAAACUGAACCAGCUGAUGUUGGCUCCUCAGUUGAUCGGAUCCUUAAGCAUUUCACGUGAGAAAAUCAAGUUGGAUGCUACAGGGAGACCCGAUGAGAGUUUGGGAGUUGAGGUUGUUGGACCAUUGCGACCUAUUACUGAAGAAAACUUGCAAAAUGAAACAAUGGUGUCCUUUUCUCUUCAAAAGGGGCAACUUAGAACUAAUGUUUGUUACCGACCACAACAUUCAGCUAGCUUGGAGGUGCGCCAUUUACCGCUUGAUGAGCUGGAGCUAGCUUCACUUAGGGGAAUGCUACAAAGGGCAGAGCUCCAACUUAAUUUUCAGAAAAGGAGGGGUCAUGGGAUGUUAUCUGUAUUUCAUCCCAAAUUCAGUGGUGUACUAGGUGAAGCCCUGGAUGUGGCUGCUCGGUGGAGUGGGGAUGUUAUAACUGUUGAAAAAACAGUUCUGGAACAGACCAGUAGCCGAUACGAGCUUCAAGGUGAGUAUGUGCUGCCUGGUACACGUGACCGACACCCUACUGGUACGGAGGGGAGUGGCUUGUUGAAAAGGGCAAUGUCUGGGCAUCUAGGUAGUGUGAUAUCUUCCAUGGGUAGGUGGCGAAUGAGGCUAGAAGUUCCUAGAGCUGAAGUUGCUGAAAUGCUUCCACUUGCACGACUUCUUUCUCGAAGUACCGAUCCUGCUGUCCGCUCUCGAUCAAAGGACCUAUUUAUACAAAGUUUGCAGGCUGUAGGGUUAUAUGCUGAAAGUCUUCGAGAUCUGCUUGAGGAAAUACAGAGGGAUAACACUCCAUUAGAUGAAGUCAUUCUUGAAGACAUAACUCUUCCCGGUUUAGCCGAACUGAAAGGUCGCUGGCGUGGCUCUCUUGAUGCUAGUGGUGGAGGCAAUGGGGACACAAUGGCAGACUUUGAUUUCCAUGGGGAGGAUUGGGAGUGGGGAACCUACAAAACUCAACGUGUCCAGGCAGUUGGUGCAUACAGCAACAAUGAUGGUCUACGUCUUGAGAAAAUGUUCAUCCAAAGAGAUAAUGCCACAAUCCAUGCGGAUGGGACUUUAUUAGGGCCAAAAACAAACCUUCAUUUUGCUGUUUUGAAUUUUCCUAUUGGUCUGGUCCCAACACUGGUUCAAGUUAUUGAAUCUUCAGCCUCAGUUGCUGUACACUCUUUGCGACAAUUUUUGACACCCAUUAAGGGCAUUUUGCACAUGGAAGGAGAUCUUAGAGGAAGCCUUGCAAAGCCAGAAUGUGAUGUCCAAGUAAGGUUACUUGAUGGAGCUAUUGGGGGGAUUGAUCUUGGACGAGCUGAAAUUGUUGCUUCCCUGACCUCUGGCAGUCGUUUUCUUUUCAAGGCGAACUUUGAACCCAUUAUUCAAAGUGGACAUGUACACAUACAAGGAAGUGUUCCUGUAACUUCUAUGCAAAAUAACACGUUACAAGAAGAAAAUAAGGAAAUGGAUAAAGUAGGAGCAAUUUCAAUCCCUGGUUGGGCAAAGGAAAAGGAUAGAGGCUCUGUUGAAGAAAUUAGUGAAAAGAAGAUCUCCAGAGAUAGAAAUGAAGAAGGUUGGGAUAUUCAGUUGGCAGAAAGUCUAAAAAAUUUAAAAUGGACCAUAUUAGAUGUUGGGGAUGUUAGGGUUGAUGCGGACAUCAAAGAUGGGGGCAUGAUGUUGAUAACAGCCUUGUGCCCCUAUGCCAACUGGCUUCAUGGCAAUGCCGACAUUGUUCUCCAGAUUCGAGGCACAGUUGAGCAACCAGUGAUGGAUGGAUCUGCAUCAUUCCACCGGGCAUCUAUAUCUUCACCAGUACUACGGAAGCCAAUUACCAACCUAGGUGGUACAGUUCAUGUAAAAUCUAACAGGUUAUGUAUCAGUUCCUUGGAAAGCAGAGUAAGCAGAAGAGGAAAGUUGUUUGUGAAGGGGAACUUACCUCUCAAAACAAGUGAAGCAUUUCCAGGCGAUAAAAUUGACUUGAAAUGUGAGGUUUUGGAAGUUCGGGCAAAAAAUAUCUUAAGUGGUCAGGUGGACAGCCAGAUCCAAAUAAUGGGUUCCAUAUUACAACCAAACAUUUCUGGAAUGAUAAAAUUGAGCCGUGGAGAAGCAUACCUGCCUCAUGAUAAGGGUAAUGGAGCGGCUGACUUUAAUAGGUUGACAUCAAAUCGAUCAAGCCUUCCAAGUCGCAGUUACAACCGAAUGGCUUCUGCUGGGCAUGCCUCACGGUUUUUUGGUUCGGAACCUGCUUCUUCCAAUGCCAAAUUCCCUCAACCGACAGGCAAACAAGCUGAAGUUGAAAAGGAAAUAGAGCAAACAAAUAGUAAGCCAAAAGUUGAUAUCCGCCUCACUGACUUGAAGCUUGUUCUCGGACCAGAGUUAAGAAUAGUUUAUCCUUUGAUUCUCAACUUUGCUGUUAGUGGAGAGCUUGAACUAAAUGGGUUGGCCCAUCCUAAAUGGAUAAAACCUAAAGGAAUUUUAGCCUUUGAGAAUGGUGAUGUCAAUCUUGUUGCUACUCAGGUGAGGCUUAAAAGAGAGCAUCUUAAUGUAGCAAAGUUUGAACCUGAUCUCGGGCUUGACCCAAUGCUGGACUUAGCUUUGGUUGGAUCAGAAUGGCAAUUCAGGAUUCAAAGUCGAGCCAGUAAUUGGCAGGACAAUUUGGUUGUGACAUCAACACAGGAUGUCCUCUCACCUGUGCAGGCUGCCCGAGUAUUUGAGUCUCAGUUGGCGGAGUCUAUCCUGGAAGGAGAUGGCCAGCUUGCAUUCAAGAAGCUUGCUACUGCAACACUAGUAACAUUAAUGCCAAGAAUAGAAGGGAAGGGAGAAAUUGGACAGGCUAGGUGGAGGCUUGUGUAUGCACCUCAGAUCCCUAGUCUUCUUUCUCUUGAUUCAACUGUUGAUCCUAUCAGAUCACUAGCAAAUCUUUCCUUUGGCACUGAAGUCGAAGUCCAGCUCGGGAAACGACUCCAGGCCUCAAUUUCAAGACAGAUGAAGGACUCUGAGAUGGCAAUGCAAUGGACAUUGAUUUACCAGCUCACAAGCCGCCUACGUGUACUUUUGCAAUCUACUCCAUCUAAACGCCUCUUGUUCGAGUAUUCUGCUACAUCGCAGGAUUGAUUAAUUGCAUAGGUUGCCAUCGAAGCAGUGAAUUCACUUCAGAUUAGACAUAUUCCAAACAGUUGACUUCUGAUGUUAUGAUCACUGAAUAUAACCAAAUGCCCAUUC